AUGGAUUCUUCUAGACUUACAGAAUUUCUUAUACAACGUGAUGGAUUCGAGCUGAUAAAAGUUUCAGAAGAUGAAUAUAAUGGUAAUGUAUACAAAUUUAAGAAUAUUUUAGAAUCUUUGCGCUUCAUUGAGAGCCCCGAUGCAAUUAUGGAUGAUUCAGUAUUCUACCAUAUUAAGAAGGUUAUAUCGUAUUUAUUUUGUAAAGAUGGGCUUAAACUUGACAAAGAUGGGAACAUAGAGGAAUUUUCGGAUGAUAAAACUCGCAACAGCGAAUAUGCAAAGCAGUUGAACAGGACUGUGUUGAACACAUUGGUGGAUGGAUAUGUAGGAUACGCGUGGUUGUGUGAAGUGUGUUCAAGAUGGAUAGAUUACUUGUUAAACUCAGGUCAAGACCAAGACUAUGCAGAUUACAAGGAAAAACGUUUGGAUGGUUCCAAAACAAUAAUACACGACGCUCUAAUGUCAUUUCUGACAUCGAAAUAUGACACGGAUAGAAUGAGAGUUUAUAUGGAAGAUAAACUUAGCCACGACAGUUGGAAUCCUCCAGAGUUGUACUGGAACUUAAUGAAGUCUCCACUGGUGGUCUCGCACAUGUUGAAAAUAUACAGAGAUAAGCCGAAGGAUGAGUUCUUAUCCUCCUGGUACCAGGACUACAUGAAUAACUUCAGCUCGCACAUGAAGAUGGAGCAGAGUGAAGUCAACAAAGAAGGGUUAUCGAGAAUAACUAGUAAUUUUAGCGUUUUUACACUGAGAAUAUCAGAGGAGAUACAUAAGUUCCUACUGAGAAAUGAAACGCUGGACUCAAUAGACUAUGAUAACCUCGAUGCAAUCAGUCCACUGUUUUGUCACGCAGAAAACGCAUACAUAUACUCGCAAGCACUGCUGCACUUUAUAUACCGAUGGAGAAUAGAUCUCAGAGGAUGUAGAAGGUUGUCGCAGCUUAUAGCAAGAGCAACGAUGUACCCGAAUGAUAUACUAAGAGAAUCGCAGACCAGUGUCGACUAUUCGACACUAGAAUGGUCAGUAUCGCAAAUACACCUGUUAAUGACUAAUUUUUCAAGAUUUCCAGCAUUGCACUCAACAUUUAAAAGGCUGGCCUCUACACACAAGUCGGCAGAGAAAAAGUUUAAUCAUCACGAUGUUUGUGAUUUUUACGAGGAGCUAAUGAGGACUCUUAAAGCAUUUGAUAGUUACGGGUUCCUGUUAUUCGACAACAGAGCGCCCCCAAAAAUGAAGAAGGAUGAAGAAGAGGAGCAGGAAAUAAUAAUAGAUGAAUCAGUGUCUCAAUACGGAGAUAAAAGGCAGGACGAAUAUAUGAGACUGGGAAACACGCCAGAAAUGCCGCCACUGGAAGCAAUCAGAGAAAGCAACUUGUUGAACGCACUGAUCGACGACUUCUCAAAUAGAGAGAUAAGCAUAACGGACUCGAGCACGUGGAUCAAAUACGCAAACCUGUUGGUAUUGUUAUCAGUUCUGUCACCAUACGAGUUGCUGUACAAUUACUACUACGAAAAGGUGUGCGACUACAUAAAAAUGUUGCCGCAAAGAGAAGUGUGGCAGCAGUUCUAUUUGCCGCCAGAAGAGUCAGACACAGAUGACUCUAUCGAGUCAAUAGAAAGGUUCAGAGACUUUGGAAAUUACGACAACGAAGAACAGUAUUCAGAAAGUGAAGCAUCGUCGAUAACGUCCUCAGAAGAAACUGAAAUUAAAACGGACACGCAUAUACACAAGGCGUGGGAUAGUGAACCGUCAAACUCGAUACUGUCGUCAAACAUAUUCUCGCCAAGUUCAAGUAACCACAUGUCAAACAAGUCGAGAAUACAGAGCUCGUCGAGCAUAAGACUAAGCGACAACAGCAGCGGAGCAUACGAAAUUAAUAAGAGGUCAUCAGAUGACUCCAUGGUCGAUGACGUGAGAAGUGAGUACAUGGAAAUAAAGAGCACACUUGAAAGCGCAAUCUAUAAGAACAUCAACGAGCAGAGUAAACUGGGACCGGGAAAGAACAUAUCAAAGGAAAGACUGGACGAAAUGAAACAGCUGUACGCACAGUUUAAAGUAAAGUCGGAAAAGUUGAUGAGUAUAGCAAGAAAAGAACUCUACCAGCUGUAUAAACUGAUACACAACCAGAAGGACUCGCCUGAGAGCGAGUACGAAAUGAGGAAUCUGACGACGACGAACAUUGCAGCGUCAGUAAUAAUGUCGUACAUAACACAGAGAGUGAUGAAGGCAGCUAACAUAAGUCAGCUGUGUGACGUGAAGCUGAUGCUGCUGAAACAAAUAGCAGAUAAGCACCCAGUGAAGAGGAACUCAAUAGUACUGCUGCUGAGGGAUCUGUGUAAAAUGUGCGUAAUAGGGAACAUGGAGGAGUGCUCGAACAAAUUGGAGAGAAUGGAAGCCAUCGUGGACCUGCUGGUGUACAUGUCGAGGUUCGAAAAGCAGUGUAUCCUGAUCAUAGCAAUGUUCGACACAAUCAUGAACGUGGUGGACAGGAGCAUCUGCAGGGUUUUCAUAACGAAAAUGCUGAAGUUCUGCGGGCCGCCGUACUCGGAAGAAUUCGCGCUACAGUUCAUAAAACUGGUAGACAAGUUCAUAAGCAUAGGAAACGGAGGAGUCCAGGUUCAGAGCGAUAUUGAGACUACGCUGAUGAACAAGUUCAUCAACCCGUUCAUCCAGGAGUGUCUACAGAACAAUUUCAACAACCAGGAACUAAUACAGAUGGCAAAGCGAUGCGACGUGAAAAACGAUGUACAGUACCCGUAA